AUGGACAAUCUAUCUAUCUAUCUAUCUAUCUAUCUAUCUCAGGAUAUCCAUUAUCUAUCCCAUCCUGGAUAUGUCGAUAAACUACAUCCGCGUCCAGUUAUAUUCAUUAUCUAUCUAUCUAUCUAUCUAUCUAUCUAUCUAUCUAUCUCAGUCUGUUCAUUAUCUAUCUAUCUAUCUAUCUAUCUAUCUAUCUAUCUAUCUAUCUAUCUAUCUCAGUUCAUUAUCUAUCUAUCUAUUAGUCUGUUCAUAUCUAUUUCAUUCUUUUUAUAUCUAUGUCAAUUUCUUCAUAUUUCUAGUAUAUUCUACUCGAAUCUCUCUGUACACAAAAUAGAGAUUGGUUAUAUCUAUCUAUCUAUCUAUCUAUCUAUCUAUCUAUCUAUCUAUGUUAUCCACAGUCACACCUCUCCCUCCCAGGCUAAAAUCCUCAACAAAACAAACAGUAGUAGUCAAGAUUUAUUUUCAACGUUCAUUCUUCUUUUAUUUUCUUUGCGUUGCUUUUCUUCUCUCUUUUUCUCUCUCGUUCUUUUCUUUUCUUUUCUUUCUUUUUUCUUUCUUUUUUCUUUUUUUUCUUUUCUUUUUUGCCGCCCACAGCGAUCAAACGGAUAUAGCCACCCUUUGAGAACAGAGAGGUGA